AUGGGCGGCGCCGGCGCGGCCGGCUACCGCGCGGGCGGCGCGCUGCCGCUCACGUCGGAAGCCCAGCGGGUUAUCUUCGACAAUCAGCACCCGACCGACUGCUCGGCUGCCAAGUACCUCGUUUUCGGAAACCCCACAUCAGGCCUGGGAUCCAUCCUACACCAGCUGACAGUGGGGCUAGCCCUGGCGGUUGAUUCAGGCCGCGUUUUCAUCGAGGCCAACGGCUCCGGCUGGGCGGACGGCGUCUACUGCAAAAACUCCCCCCGCAGCAUCACCGGCUGCUACAUGGAGCCCGCGGCCGGCUGCGCGCCGAGCGCGGCGCAGCUCGCCGCCGCAGUCGCCGUCGCGCCGGGCGGGCCUCAGAUGGCGGCGGCGAGUGGCCCCACAGUCGUGAGGCUCGACAUGUCAUCAUCGUUCGCGAAGCGGACCCUGGUGCCUAAGCAGCUGCUAUCAAAGCUGAAGGAUCUGCCUAUAUUAGAGAAGCACCGCCACUACUGGUGGCGCGCCCAGGGGAUCGCCUACCUCGUCCGCCCGAGCCAGCGCACGCUCGCGGCGCUCGCGCAGCGCGAGCGUUCACUGCUGCGCGGCCGCCCGCCGGCGCCGGGGUGCGUUAGCCUGUACGUGCGGCGCGGGGACAAGGCGAUCGAGGCCCCUGUCUUCAGCGAUGAGGAGUAUGCAAACCUCACGCGCCGCUUGGUGGAGGAAGACCCGUCCCUUCGGCGGCAGGUCUUUCUGUCAACAGAGGACGCGGGCACCAUCAAGUACUUCACGACCCAGUUCGGCUCCCUAACCCCACCCGCCGGCCCCGGCGGCUGGGAGGUGUCGCACCUCGACAUCCCCACCUGGCGCAACAUGCAGGCGCUGCUCGCGCAGAGCUUCCGGGACGGCAGCGCCGACACCGCGCCGGCGCUCAACAGCCUGCUGGCGCUCGACCUCGCGGCGCGGUGCGACGGGUACGUGGCUUCGAUAUACUCGAACUGGGCGCGGCUGAUCGACGAGCUGCGGUCGACGGUGCGGUGCAAGGGGGGGGCGGCGUACCUGGAUCUGCACUAUAAUGGGGAGGACGCCGAAAAAAUCGACUUCAACUGGCGGUAG